AUGGCCUCCACAUUCUUCAACAACAAGGCCCGCGCAGCAGCAGCAGCAGCAUCCAGCAGCUCCAAGGCGAAGGCGACUGACAACAAGGAAGAUUCAACCCGGUUGCAACCCUGGGUAGAGAAAUAUCGACCCAAAACCUUGGAUGAUGUCGCCGCGCAAGAUCACACCACUAAAGUCCUCCAGCGCACAUUGCAAGCUUCCAACCUCCCUCACAUGCUCUUCUACGGACCCCCGGGAACCGGCAAAACAUCUACAAUCCUUGCUCUCGCCAAAUCCCUUUUCGGCCCCGCCCUCUACCGCUCCCGUAUUCUCGAAUUGAACGCCUCAGACGAGCGCGGCAUCAACAUUGUCCGCGUCAAGAUCAAGAACUUCGCCCGCGCCCAACUCUCCCAGCCAACCGGCCUCGAUGCUGAAUACCGCGCACAGUACCCUUGCCCACCGUUCAAGAUUAUUAUCCUGGAUGAGGCGGAUAGUAUGACCCAAGAUGCGCAAUCAGCUCUGCGCCGCACGAUGGAGCAGUACAGUCGUAUCACACGGUUUUGUCUCGUGUGUAACUAUGUCACCCGCAUUAUCGAACCAUUGGCCAGUCGUUGCAGCAAGUUCCGUUUCAAAUCUCUGGAUAAUUCUGCGGCGGGAGUGCGGAUAGAAAAUAUUGCGAAGGCUGAGGGCCUGAAUCUUCAGGAUGGUGUUAUUGAUACUCUCAUUCGGUGCGGUGAGGGUGAUUUGCGUCGUGCUAUUACUUAUUUGCAGAGUGCGGCUAGGUUGGUCAGUGCUACCAAGGCGUUGCCAGCCAAGACCGAUGAGGAUGAAGAGAUGACGGAUGCUGGGGCCCCGGAGCCGGGACUUAUUACUAUUCGCAGUAUCGAAGAGAUUGCUGGAGUUGUUCCCGAAGGCAUACUGGAUGAGAUUGUGCAGGCUAUGCAGCCGAAGAGCUCGGGGUCGGCAUAUGAGGCUGUGUCCAAGGUUAUUACGAACCUUGUGGCUGAUGGGUGGAGUGCGACUCAGGUUGUUGGCCAGCUAUACCGACGAGUCAUCUUCAAUGAAGCGAUCCCUGAUGUCCAGAAGAACAAGAUUGUCAUGGCCUUCUCGGAAAUGGAUAAGCGACUUGUUGAUGGUGCGGACGAGCAUUUGUCGGUUCUCGACUUGACUCUGCGCAUUGCCGGGAUCCUACGGAGCAGUUGA